AUGUCUCGCACCAUUCACUUGGCGAUAUUCUCUAAUGGUGCCAGACCAGCUCACUAUGCUGUCUUCAUCCCUACUGGUGAUGCAGGCAAAGUGGGAAAGCUUAUCCAUGUGACCGGAACCACCGCCACGGGAUUCUUCCUUGAAUUCAAGCGGAACUACGACUUUAGUCUCACUCAGCGGAAGCACCAGCUCAUUCCACUUGCCCAAGUCAAUGCCCAGUAUAUAACAGAUACUGUUGGCACCGGACAGCAGUCCGCUGACACAACUGCUCGUGAUCGACUGGAGUCAGUUGCGACAAUUGUGCUGCCUCCGGGACGCAGCGCCAAUCCUUUUGAUCCAUCGGCACCCAACUGCCAGAAUUGGAUGCGAGACUAUAUCCAGAGACUUAUUGCCGAAGGCUUGGUUGCUAGCGGCGCCGGCUCGGUUGUUCAAAGCGCUCCGAGACUGCUGUGA